GGAUCUUUGUGAGCGAGAAUGGAGCUUCUACCUCUCAGCCCAUUCCUCCUAUUCUUUGCCAGUUCUCAGCUGUUGGCAGCGACAUCCACAUCUGGUGCUCCUUCCUAUUCAUACCCAUUUAUGACUGUGGAUGCUGAGAAAGCAGCUGCAAGAAGAUAUGAUUAUAUCAUAGUUGGAGGAGGUACAGCUGGGUGUCCUCUGGCUGCUACUCUCUCACAAAACUACACUGUUUUGUUAAUGGAGAGAGGAGGAUCUCCUUAUGGGAAUCCUGACAUUGAGAACGCCGAUGCUUAUGGCAAGCCAUUGAGACAAACAGAUAAAUACACUUCCAUAGCUCAGGCAUUUGUAAGUGAGGAUGGAGUGCAGCUUGACAGAGCCAGAGUUUUGGGAGGAGGAACUGCUAUCAAUGCUGGGUUUUACAGCAGGGCAAGCUUGGAAUAUAUUAGAGGAAUGGGAUGGGAUGAGAAAUUGGUAAAUGAGUCAUUUUUGUGGGUGGAGAAAAUGAAUGCUUUUGAACCAAAUCCCAUUUCUCGAUGGUCAUCAGCUGCGAAAGGUGGACUUCUGGAAGCGGGAGUGCUUCCAUACAAUGGGUAUACUGUCGAUCAUUUGGUGGGCACCAAGAUCGGUGCUUCUACCUUUGAUAACAAUGGCAAAUGACAUACAGCUGCAGAUCUGCUGAAGUAUGCAAACCCAGAUAAUAUUGUUGUUCUUCUCAAUGCUACUGCCUCAAGAGUUCUAUUAUCAGGUAAGUUGAAGGCUCGUGGACUAGAAUUCAUAAAUUCCAUUAAUGGUAGUUCCUACCAAGUGUUACUUGAUGAAUCUUCAUCUUUCAGUGAGGUUAUUCUUUCCGCAGGAAGUAUAGGAAGCCCUCAACUUCUGCUCCUAAGUGGAAUAGGUCCCUCACAAGAUCUUAAAAAAUUAAAUAUAUCUGUCUUAAAAGAUGUACCUUUAGUAGGACAAAGGAUCCAAGAUAAUCCACGUACAUCGGUAUUAAUACAAUCUCCUACACCACUUAAUUUUUCCAGCAUACAAGUAGUAGGCAUACUAAAUAAUUCUAAUCUCUACAUAUAUGCCAGUAGCUUUGUGCAGUAUGUUUUUCCAAAUGGCUCUAUUUUAUCAAAUGGUUCUGGAGGGGCAAUCUUUCAGAAAGUAGCUUACCCAUUAUCAAGAGGAAAUCUAAGUCUAAUUAGUAAGGAUCCCAAAGACAAUCCUUCUGUUCGUUAUAACUACUAUUCAGAGCCUGAAGAUUUGCAAAAAUGUGUGCAAGGGCUCAAGGUAAUAGUUGACAUUUGUGAAACAAGUUCCAUCCAAAAUUUUGCCUAUAAUAAGUCUAGUGGCACAAGUGGGCUACAUUUCAUUGGAUUGGCUUUACCCAAGAAUAAAUCAGAUGACAUAGCCAUGGGUAAGUUUUGUAGAGAAAAACUUGCCACCAUAUGGCAUUUCCAUGGAGGUUGUGAUAUUGGUCAUGUUAUUGAUAAAAGGUAUCGUCUGAAAGGUGUUAUUGGUCUAAGGAUCGUUGAUGGUUCCACUUUUCGAGAUAGUCCUGGAACUAACCCACAAGCAACCACCAUGAUGCUUGGAAGGUAUGUAGGAGUGAAGAUUCUACAAGAGCGUGGGGCUUUUGAAUGAGUUGAGAAUAAUUUUCUACUCAAAACUCUCUCAAAAGUAUCUUUCAUUGGAUUAUUCCAUAUUAUAUAUGUAGUGUACUUUUAUACAUGAUUUAGUUAUUGAUCAAAGAAAAUGUUACAAAAAAAUAUAUUGGAACAAGCCUCUUCAUGGGGUCAUGUUCAAAUGGCAAGGCUAUCGGGUUCUCAUGUUGGAGAUUCAUUUUUGAAUCCCCCAAAGUGACAUCCAUGUGGCUUCUAUGUUCACUUGAAUUGAUUAAGUAACUUAUGUGGUUUCUAAGUUAAAGAUGUUGAAUAGGGAGGAGGUCCCCCAUGUGACCUUCAACAUCUUAGGAAGUAAAAAUAAAUAAAAAUUGAACAAGCCAAUAUCAUAUAUUAGU